AGGUGUCAGUUAUUUGUCAUAAUUUUUAAUCUGUGCUAUUAUUUCAGUAACCUCAUGAUAUUAUUAAAAUUUAUAUUUAUAUUAUAAAAAACAAAAAGAUCUUUACAAUUUUAGAAAUUUAGCUUGUUUUAAUUCUUGUCUUCUUAAUUUACCAAGAUAAAACAUGUCAGAACAAAUUGUUGGAUCAGCGGGCUCUGCCCCCUCUGCUACUAGCGUCGCUGAAGAGCAACGCUCUGGGAGUAUUGCUGCUUCUGGAACAGGCGGGUCUGCCGCAUCUGAAGAGAAAGUUUACGGCGGCUGCGAAGGCCCCGACGCCAUGUAUGUGAAGUUGGUAUCGUCUGAUGGACAUGAGUUCAUAGUGAAACGGGAGCAUGCUCUUACCUCGGGCACAAUCAAAGCCAUGUUGAGUGGCCCCGGCCAAUUUGCUGAAAACGAAGCCAAUGAAGUCAACUUUAGAGAAAUACCAUCACAUGUGCUACAGAAAGUAUGCAUGUACUUCACAUACAAGGUCCGCUACACUAACUCGUCCACUGAGAUUCCAGAGUUCCCGAUAGCUCCAGAGAUUGCUCUCGAACUACUCAUGGCUGCUAACUUCCUGGACUGUUAAAUGUUUAGGAGUUAAAUGAAGAAAAUAUCUUUACAAUUAAAGUAGCUCCACAUUUUGGCAUAGCUACACCUUGUCUGUAUUAUUUACUAAAUGAUAGCUCAAGAGAUCAAUUAUUUUGUAGAAUCGAUUGGAUUUUUUUAUAGUUGGAAUGUCUUUUAUAAGUACCCAGCGGCUUCACCCGCAUGAUAUACAGAAAAUAAUAUGCUCUAUUGAUUUAUAAUUCAUCUGUGAUUAAAAUUCAAAAACAGUGUAAAAACAAAAACAGUCGGUUACCUUAUGCGUUUUUAAUCUAAGGCCAGCACCACUCGAACAGAAAACGCAGACCGUCUGCAAAAUGUAUAGCGUCAUUUAAUAAAAGCGCAAUGUCGUGUUGUCGAUCUUUCGCGCAAUGUGAUCUAGAGCAAGCAAAUUAAUUACAAUUUUAUUUAUAUUUAUUUACGAGCAUUUUGUCGCGUAUGAUCGGCGACUAAAGAUCGGCUUAUUGUGGCGCUAGACUAAAAGUGCUAAGGACAACAUAUAAAUUGAUAAGGUAUAUAAUACUGACUUUACCUGCUUGCCAGGACACCAUAGAGCGAGAGUCAUAGUUUUUAAGGUCCUGUCUCUUUAUAUUUAAAUAAAAGUUCAACACCAUGGUGAAGUAUUUCUCAUUGAACUUUCAAAACGCAUGUAAUAAAAGUAAUUAUAAGGAAAAAAAAAACAUUUAAAUUACUUUGAAGUUGGAAUCUAUCUU